AUGGCACCCACGAACGGAGAAAGGUCGGAUACCUCAGAACCGCCCGAAGCAGGGACACAACCAAAGAGACUGAAGAUUACCGCCUGGAACGGAUGGGAAGUCCUUCAGAAAUGCGAUGCCACCAAGACCGCGAAGAAAUGGACGCGUCCAAGGGCGAGUGGGAAGCUGGCGCGUCUCCCUUCUCUACCGUUGGACAUAUUAUUUGAGAUUUUCGGACAUUUACCGCCCUUGGACGUCCUGCAUCUGGCGAGGACUACGAAAGCGCUCCGACGCAUCCUCAUGCACCGGUCCUCAGUCGGGAUCUGGAGGGCUGCUCUCAGGACUGUAGAAGGUCUCCCAGACUGCCCUUCCGAUAUGUCAGAACCAGCCUAUGUCAAUCUCGUCUUCGAUACGCAUUGCCACGAAUGUCUUCGCAAGAACGUCCGGAACCCCGACUACAGACUGCGAGUGCGGUAUUGCUCCGGAUGCGCUAGGAGAUGCCUGGAAAACAUCGAAGACGUUGAGAUGGAGGAAGUGUUCUUUGACUGUCUCGUCUUGUCCGAUUGGAACUGUACUUAUGACGAGGACAUCAUGUAUCACAAGGCCAGCGCGGAGAGAAUCAGGAAGGAAUACUAUGCGCUCCCCGAAGACAAACGAGCCGAAUACGUCGAACGUAGACAAAGCGAGGUCAUAAAGAUUACCGAGCACGCUGAACUCUGCGAUGACUGGGAAGCCGAUGUGUUCGAGAAACGGUUGGCUGAGAACGACCUGAUCAGAGCCGACAGAAAACGGGCCAUAAUCGAACGCCUCACUGCCUUGGGGUGGGGUGAGGAGAUAGAGAAACUCCCGACGCGCUACGACAAUCGUUACCCCAAUGUCAUCCCGCUGAAAGACCACCCAAAGGUCCGAGAGGCCAAACCCUUGACGGCUCGCGUAUGGCAGAAUAUCAAAGACACCAUGAUAGAAUACAUGGAGCAGAUGAAGGAGCACCGGCUCCGAGUCCAGCAGGCCACGUACGUGCGGGAAAAUAAGGAGCAGGCCAUGAAGAUGUACCGUAUCUGGAGGGAAACCUUGCCAGCAUCGGAGCUGGAGCUCGGCAUCCCUUCUGUGCUCGAUUUUUGCCACUUCAAGCCUAUCCGGGAUCUAUGGGAGGACACCAAUGAGGUAAAAGAAGAUAUCGAGUUCUGGGCUCAAAUAGCGGACCGGGGGCGAAUGACCAAGUUCGUGGAGGACUGGCGGAACAAGGCCAAGGACGAGCUGCUCCCCAAGUUAAUGGGCGGGAUACCGUUCAGGUGCACGCAAGCGCAGCUCGAGCUCGCCGUGGCUGUCUUCCGGUGCACCGAGGUGCCACACGUUCACUUCAAAAAGCAAUACCACUGCAACAUGGCGGCCAAGGGCUCAGGCUGGCCAAAGGAGGACGAGCAGGAUCGGAUUUGGUAUCCGCAAAUGCUCCACCACAAGUGCAACACGGUUACGGGCGUGGGGCUGAGGGAGCUGCCCGCGGUGAAGGACGACCCGCUUCUGGUGCUCGGGGACGGGGAGUACGGGUAUACCUGUGGCGCGAAGCGACAGACCUGGUCUUGCAAGAAAUUGGUGUUCGAUGAGAAGGCCUCGAAGGUCGUUGUCAAUAUACUGGUGGCCUGCGGUAUGGAUCCCCGGACGACCACGGUCGCUGAGCUUGACAAGGAGGACCCGAGGUUGGUAUGCCUCAAGUGCACCUACGGCCACAGGUGUGACGGAGAAAGACGGGUGCAGGUCCGAUGUUGGAGGAACAUGGUUGCGCACUGCUUGAAGAAGCACUGGGGUGACUUGCGCAUCCAGUACGAGCGGCUCACCGACGAGGACGUAAAGAAGGCGAAGGACAUCGAGGCGGGGUACUACUCCAAGCCCAUUAGCCCUUACGAGAAGAUGAACCCGGUAUGGCAAUGUGACUUCUGCCGAGACACGACCCAGGAGACGGACAGAUGCACGUUGCAAGACAUCAAGCAACACAUGAAGACCAGCCAUAGCCUCUCGUAUCCUGUGCAGGACCUGCACUAUUGCCGUGCCCUGGAUGCCCCUCCUGACGAGCCCACGACGAUUUCUAUGGUACCCGGACCAUCGACCGUGGUGCCCUUCCCAAUGACCAUUGAACAGUGGGAUAGGUUGCCCUAUGAAUCUGGUCUUCUGCCGUGAUCAC